AUGUCUAGUCUCCCAAGAUUGAGCGGCGUCAAAGAACUAAGGUUCCUUUUCUCUCCUGUUAACGCUUCUAGCGCCGGCUUAAGGGAAUUCAUUAGUAAGAACUAUGGCGGCCUGAAGAACAUCAAUCCAAACGUUCAAUUUAUGAUCCGCGAAGCCAAUAAUUCGCCUGCUCGCAUCUAUGCUAGGUACGCCUUUGGAAAAGAGCACAUGGUCUCUGCAGAUGGUUGCUCAUCUACUGAUAUCCUAAAGAAGUUUUAUGAGCUAAAUUCGGUGUGA